AUGAUGGGAGGAAACAGAGAAACAAUGUUUUGGCGUCGCAUGUCAAAAGCCGCCAAAGAUCCGGAUCACAGUGACUGGCUAGACAAGCAACAGAAAAAGCAACGACGACAACGACUAAUCUUAUUGACGAUAGGAUUGAUAUUAGUGGCAAUAAUUGUGGGUGCGAUCGGAUAUUAUUAUACACAUCGUACACCCCCAAAAUACCCGAAUGUGAAUAAUGCACCGACUGGAAAUGCCGCGGUAAAUACAACAGCACCGGGCGAUACAAAAAUUAUUCCCGAUUCGAGAUAUAGUCGGUCGUUCUAUGGAAUUGGGUAUACGCCGUUGAACACACAAUUCCCGUGGUGUGGUGCUUCAUUGGCUAAUAUUACAGAGGAUAUAAAGAUUUUAUCGCAGUUGACGCCGCGGAUUCGUCUGUAUGGUCAGGAUUGUAGACAGGCGGAAAUGGUGUUACAGGCAAUUAAAUUGCUUAAUGUUAAAAUGUCGGUAAUUCUUACUGUUUGGGUGGAUGCAAAUGAGACAACAUUUCAACGUCAGUACAGUAGUAUGUUAGAUACUUUGAAAACAUACGGAAGUGAUGGUAACAUUGAAGCUGUCGCAAUCGGCAAUGAAGUAUUAUUCCGAAAAGAAAUUGAACCUCAAGUAUUAUUUCAACGUAUGAUGGACUUUCGCGCAACAUUACAAACAAUGAAUCUCUCAAAAAUAAAAGUAAUCACUUCCGACCUUGGAUCAAACAUAAGUCCGGCGAUGAUUAAAGCCACCGACGUAGUAUUCGCGAAUGUACAUCCAUUCUUUGCCGGAGUGGUGGUAGAGAAAGGCGCCGACUGGACAUUCACCUAUUUCAAUGAGACAGACGUGAAACCUGCAUUACCGAAACCGGCGGUAAUUUCAGAGGUAGGAUGGCCGACAAAAAAUGGAACGAAUAGAGGAGCUGUGGCCUCGGAGCAGAAUCUGCAAAUAUUUGUCGAUAAUUUUGUGUGUGAGGCUAAUCGACGACAAGUUCCAUAUUACUUUUUUGAGGCUUUUGAUGAACCAUGGAAAAUUAUUACUGGUAGUGAUAUGGAAACACAUUGGGGUAUUAUGACGGUGGAUCGUGAGCUGAAGAUCAAAAUACCGAAUUGUGUGGUGCCUCCAGUACGUUAUUAG